GCACGCCGCUCGAGGUCCAGGCACCCGGGAGGAGAUGCCGGGCCAGGGUCCGGUGUCCGACUGGACAGAAUGCAGCUCUUCUGCAGAGCCUCCCGCAGUGGCCAGAACCGAGGGUGGCGGCGGCGGAUCACCUGGACUUUCUUAUUAUCAGAAUUCCAAAGGUAUUGACAGAAUCAAAGACGGACCCAACACACACAUAGCCAAGCUGCAAGAGUUAUGGAAAACUCCUCAAAUUCAAGCAAUUAACAUCCCUAAAUCAAUGACAGAUGCGUCUUUUCUAAAGCAGCCAGACUUCACCUUAGGCCAGAAGCGUUAUCUGUGCAGCAUUGCUAAGAUCUAUAAUGCAAACUACCUGCGGAUAUUAAUGAAGAAGCAGUAUAUGCAUGUGAUCCAGCGCAACUCACAAAAGCCAGGUAUCUUCACUCAUCACAGAAGCCGCCUCAUUUCUCGUCACUCACAAAAGCAGCAUUACCCCUGCACCACAUGGCGACACCAGUUGGAGAGAGUGGACUUGGGGCCUUCUAACAUCGCAGCUGCACCUGCACCUGAAAUGAUCCUGCAACAUUCACUCUGGCGACCAGUGAGGAACAAAGAAGGUUUAAAAACUGGAUAUGCAUCCAAAACAAGAUGUAAGUCACUGAAGAUUUUUAGAAAACCAGGCAGACUGUUCAUGCAAUCAGUUUCUACAAAUGAUUCUGAAUCCUACAUGAAUGAAGAAAAAAAGGAAGAAGAUUUACUAAAUAAGUAUAUGCAAUCAAUGUCAAUUGAAGAACAAGAACAUGUGAUGUUAACUUGACAAUCUUGUCUUGUGAGUCAAUGAGGUGCCAAAGGUGGGGGGUUGGGGUUGUGAAUUGUGUCCUCUCUCUACAUUUAGGAUAGUAUUGUUAUUCACCAGUAAGUCAUUAAGUAAUUUUAGUUUGUUCAGAAACUUUUACAACAGUGUAAUUGGUUUGAUGUAGUUCCAUGUGCUAAUUGAUACUUGUGUAAUAAAAUUUAUGUGUAAUAUUUGCUUGUAUUUCUAGCUAGAUACAAUUAAAAAUUUUCUUGUGGCUUAAAA